AUGUGGGCUAUCGGUUGCAUUAUCGCCGAAUUAUUAUUACGGGUUCCUUUGUUUCCUGGAGAGUCAGACCUGGAUCAGUUAGUUAAAAUAGGCAACGUGUUGGGUACACCUUGUGCGGAAGACUGGCCAGCGAUGAUGAACCUUCCAGAUUACAUUGAGAUGAAGGAGCAGCAAGGAAUUAAUCUGCGUCAUGUCUUCACUGCUGCAGGAGAUGACCUAAUAGAUUUACUUCUUGGCUGCUUCCAUUAUGAUCCCUUAAAAAGAGUCACUGCUUCCGAAGCAUUGCAGUCCCCUUACUUUAGUAAUGAACCGUUAUGCUGCCUUGAUGAAGAACUUCCGUUGCCAGCUCGUGCGAUAGGAGGCCCACAAAUGAAAAGGCGAAGGUUACGAGACGAAUCUCCACCUCGUUUGAAUUUAUAG